CCCCCCCCCCCCACCUCGCUUCGCUUCUCAAGCUUCCACUCCGAUCCAACCAAGGCCCGGAAAACUGCCGCCUCGCCCGCCUGUUCGCCGCUCCGGACGGCCGGUAGCAAGCAUGGCGCACGACUUGUGCGACGACCUGGAGCUCGUCGCCGCCGACGGCGAGUACGACUACUUCGACGACGACUUCGGUGACGGGUUCCCGACCGCCAGCGGUGGCGAAUCCGGCCUGCAGCAGCAUGAGCAAAUGGAUGAUACUUCAGCUUCGGACUAUAAAGAAGGGAAAGACAUCCAAGGCAUACCCUGGGAAAGGUUGAACUACAGUAGGGACCAGUACCGCGAGAUGAGGCUGAAGGAAUACAAGAACUAUCAGAACCUCACGAGGUCACGCAGCGGACUAGAACAGGAAUGCAAACAAGUGGAGAGAAAGGAUACUUUCUAUGAUUUCCAUUCCAGCACGAGAUCUGUCAAAUCAACCAUAGUGCAUUUCCAGUUGAGGAACCUCCUGUGGGCUGCUUCGAAGCACGACGUGUACCUGGUGCAGAACUACUCUGUGAUGCACUGGUCUCCCCUGUUCCAGAGAGGAAGAGAAGUUCUCAAUGUGGCCGGCCAGUUGACCCCAACAGAGGAUGUCAAGGGGGCUAGACCAUUGUCGAGGGUUCAAAUCAGUACCAUGGCACUGAAGGACAACCUCAUGGUGGCCGGUGGUUUCCAGGGAGAGCUCAUCUGCAAGUACGUUGAUAAACCCGGGGUGGCGUUCUGCACGAACCUGACCGGCAACAACUACUCCAUCACGAACGCCGUGGACAUCUUCGAGUCGCCCGAUGGCGCCACUCGGGUGAUGGCCGCGAACAACGACUGCGUCGUCAGAACGUUCGACACCGCGAGAUACAGCCUGCUCACCCAGUUCACCUUCCCGUGGUCCGUCAAUAACACGUCGGUGAGCCCCAACGGCAAGCUGAUGGCGGUGCUCGGCGACAGCCCGGACUGCCUCCUCGCCGACUCCCAGUCGGGCAGGGAGAUUGCGACGCUCCGCGGCCACCUGGACUACUCGUUCGCGUCGGCGUGGCACCCCGACGGCCGCGUCCUGGCCACGGGGAACCAGGACGCGACGUGCCGGCUGUGGGACGUCCGCAACCUCUCCGAGCCGCUCGCCGUGCUGGGCGGCCGGAUCGGCGCCGUCCGGGGCCUCCGGUUCUCCCCCGACGGCCGGUUCCUGGCGGCGGCCGAGGCCGCCGACUUCGUGCACGUGUACGACGCCGCGGCCGGGUACGCCGGGGCGGAGCAGGAGGUGGACCUGUUCGGCGAGGUGGCGGGCGCCGCGUUCAGCCCCGACGGCGAGGCCCUGUUCGUCAGCGUCGCCGACCGGACAUACGGCGGCGUGCUCGAGUUCCGGCGCCGGCGGUCGUACGACUACCUCGACUCGUUCUUCUUCUGAGGUGCCCAGCCGGCCGGCCGGAGUGUAUACGUUUGUUGUGUACCGAAGCGCACUGUUUUUGUCGUGCGCGGGUCCUGAGUGGUGCGGCCUGCAUUUCCGCUCUUUUUGAACUGCGGAGUGGCAAGGUGCCCUCAGGACGUUGGUUCGUGUAUUGUAUGUCGGGUGACGAGUGUAGACAUUUUGAAUGUGGUGUUCUAGGCACUGUAGCUUGCUAUAGGGGCAUCGUGGAUGAUGCCUGGUAGUGUAAGAAAUGUAAGUCUCUGAGGUUUGCGUAAGGUAAGAACUGCUGAAGAAGAGAUAGUUCGCACAGAGGUGUAUCCAGUUCCUCCA